UGCAGAGGGCUGGUGCCGUUGUGUCCAUGACAGGAGAUGGUGUUAACGAUGCCGUGGCCCUUAAAUCUGCUGAUAUUGGGAUUGCAAUGGGACAAGCUGGUACAGACGUCAGCAAAGAGGCUGCCAACAUGAUCCUCGUGGACGAUGACUUCUCGACAGUAAUGAACGCAAUAGAAGAGGGAAAGGGAAUAUUUUACAACAUAAAAAAUUUUGUGCGGUUCCAGUUGAGCACGAGCAUUUCAGCUUUGAGCCUAAUUACUCUGUCAACAGUGCUCAACCUACCCAACCCCCUCAAUGCUAUGCAGAUCUUAUGGAUCAACAUCAUCAUGGACGGGCCACCAGCCCAGAGUUUGGGAGUUGAGCCUGUUGACAGGGACACUAUCAAACAGCCGCCCCGAUGCAUCACAGAUACGAUACUCAGCAAAUCAUUGAUCCUGAAAAUCUUCAUGUCAGCUCUAAUUAUCAUCAGCGGAACCCUCUUUGUCUUCUGGAAGGAGAAUCCCAAAAGUGGCAUAACUCCUCGAACCACAACAAUGACUUUUACCUGUUUUGUGUUUUUUGACCUCUUCAACGCCCUGACGUGCCGCUCUCAGACAAAGCUGAUAUUUGAAAUAGGCUUUUUUCGAAACCGCAUGUUCUUAUAUUCUGUGCUUGGGUCAUUUUUGGGCCAGCUGGCUGUUAUAUACGUCCCUCCAUUACAAAAAAUCUUCCAGACAGAGAACUUAGGAGUGUUGGACCUGCUCUUCCUCACCGGACUGGCUUCCUCCGUUUUCGUUGUGUCCGAGUUUGUCAAGUUCUGUGAAAAACGCUGCUGCCAACCAAAGCCCACAAAGGGAGGCCAUAACUGAUGUGAACCUCCUCUAAGGAUGCGCUUGGAACGGAGCCGUGAGGCUGGAUAAUCCAAACACACCACUUUCUGAGGAUACUGCAGUGAAUCUGUCCCACCGGUCCUUCCUUCUCCAGAGUCUGUUCCUUCUACACGCUCCACCCAACCCGUCUGAGCUGCCCACAGAAACCUCCAGAAGUGGCUCCUGUUUUAAACCAAGGUAUAUUUUUCUGAUGUUGAGCUCUGUGUCGAGAAUGCUGCGAUAGUCCCAGGCAAAAUAACACAGUUUCCCACCUGUACAGAAAAAAAAUCUAUUUUGCAUAAACUGAAAUUUUAUUUAUUUUAAAUCAAAAUGAUUUUUAUUAAUAAAAUCUACAUCUUAAAACGUUACAGAUAAGUAUCUG